AUGCUCUUCUUCGGCUCCUUUCUCUACAUCACCGUCCUGCUCAUCAAUGCAGUCGCCAUCCUCAGCGAGGAUCGCUUCCUGGCCCGCAUCAACCUGUCGCCGGCAUCGUACGACCCGGCCUUUGGUUCCGGCGCAGACGCCAGCGUCAAGGCAAAGAUCAUCCAUCUGAUUGCCAGCAUCCGAACCAUUAUGAGAAUGCCCUUGAUAUUCGUCAACUCCGUCAUUAUUCUCUACGAGCUGAUACUCGGUUGA